AUGAAUGACAAACAGCUAACGGCCGUUCAAGGCCUUAUAAGCAUUGCCAGUGUUACCAGGCACGAUGCUAUUAGCAUUCUCAACAAGCACGACUACAAUCUGGACCGUACUCUUCGAUUAGAAUGGGACCGUAUUCCCAAGCGACGCGAAGCAGUCAUGCUGGAAAAUAUCUUCAACAAUUAUAGAGAUCCCGAAGGAGGUGACAUCAUUGGAAUUGAUGGUACUGUCCAAUUUAUCACAGACCUUGGUCUUGAGCUCUCUGACUCAGUUGUUUUGGCUAUCGCCAUGACUCUUAAUGCUGAAGCCGAAGGUGAAUUUUCUAAGCUCGGUUUUAUCUUUGGCUGGCUGUCUCUAAGUGCCACCUCAAUUUCUGAAAUGAAGGUCGCUGUCGAACACAUGAAGGAGCAGAUGCAAAAUAAUCCUGCAUACUUUAAGAAUGUGUAUCGCUUCACUUACACGUAUAUUUUGCCGCCCAAUACCCGCAGUCUGCCAACCGAGUCUGCCAUUGCAUACUGGGAGCUGCUACUUACCGGUCGUUUCCAAAAGCUUACUGAAUGGAACGAGUUCAUUCUUAACGUAUAUAAGAAGAGUAUUUCGAAGGAUACGUGGAAUAUGAUUCUUGAGUUUGCAAACUAUAUUCCAAAUGACCCUGACCUUGAAAACUACGACCUCGAGGCUUCGUGGCCCUCUGUCAUAGAUGAAUUUGUCGAAUACCUGAAGGAAAAUAAGAAAUAA